ACUUGGUACGUAAAUGCCACAGAUCCAUGGAAUCGAGUGAUGUAUGACGUAAUAGUAAAUCAAAUGAAAGAAAAUAAUUUAGCUAAAAAGGCUCUUCAAAAUUCUAUAAAAAAUACCAAGCGUAAAGAACGUAUUUUUAAUAAAAAUAAAGAAACAUUGACGGCAUCGUUAAACGCAUCUACGAUAGACAGCACGGACAUUAAUAAACCUAGUAUUAAUACAAUCUUUGAGAAAGUAUUAAAACCACGAUGGAUUUUGCAACCUAAUGAAAUUCAGAAAUUUAAGAUUCGAUAUCAACCUGAAGAAGUGGGAACUCACCGGCAAACAUAUGCACUAUCCAUCCUCGAUGGCAAUGAAAUUACUUAUGAUAUCAACGUUUUUGUCGUCGCGGAUGUCCCAAGAUUAGACAUGAACCCUAAUACUAUUUUUUCAAAAAUAAAAAAAACAAAGGUAAAUGAUAUAAUUGAGCCCACAUACUUUUCUGAUGUUGAUAUUUUUGAUUUCGGGUCAUUACUGAUGUAUCAAAAGGAUAAAAGAUCCCCGAUCGAAAUAUUCUGGCAAUUAGAGCCUAAUGAACCACUAGAUCCUCAAAUCUCAAUUACACCGACUAAAGGAAUUAUCAAAGCGUACAGUGAUAAAACAGUCGAAUUUUGUUAUCACGCCAAUAAAAUCGGAAUGAUCGAAGGAAGCUUGACUUUCAAAGCUUUCUUUUACGAAGACGAUAUGGAACCUAUUUUUAUGGAAGCUAUUACUUUAUCUGGCGAAACAUAUGACGUUGCUGUUGACAUUAAUUAUGCAAAUCCAAUUGAUUUAAAAUGUGUAAAAGUUGGUUUUCCUUCAAGCGCAAAUUUUACAAUAAGCAAUCGAGGAAAACACGAAGUUAAAUAUGCAAAGACACAAGAAUAUACCACUAUGUUAAAAAUUGGUCCUUUUACUGUGACAAAAACCAAAGGAGACCUCCAGCCUGGAGAGAUGGAUACCGUGGCAAUCGAGUGUUAUCCCGAAUUCGUAGGUUCUGAAGAAGAAGACAUAAUAAUUCUCGUAUCUGAUAGUGUUCCCGAAGAUAAAAAUGGAAAAUUGAUAAAACUCUCUGUUAAUUCCUGUAUACCGAGCAUCGAUCUUGAAGAUCUCAACACUAUAUUUCAUGAAAAUCACAUUGUGAAUCGUAUUGAAGACUUUAUUUGUUCAAAAGAAAUCGGUACACAUACUAUAUUCGCACAUCAAGAGAAAUGCCUGUAUUUUUGUUAUGUCAACGUAUUUCAUACCCAUACAACGUACCUUGUGCUUCACAAUCGAAAUGUAAUACCUACUGACGUGGAACUGACCUUACUCACAGACUCAUUUACUCCGAAAACUAUGAAACCUGAUACUUUCGUUUUGUCACCCGAAAGAGAACGCAUUCAGCCAAUGAGUCACAAGAGAUUCGCAAUUUCAUUUAAUCCAACGUUUAUAGAGACGUGUUAUGCAAUCUUCGAUAUAGCAGUCGAACUUCCCCCGCAUUUGAAGGAUAAAAAGUUUUCUGUUAAAUUAGUAGGACAAGCUUGCGUACCAGAAGUAACAAUCAUUGAACCACCGAGUACAAAACGAGAACGAACUAUUUUAAAUUUUGGUCGUACGCUUACACAUCUCGAAUGUACAGUCUGUGCAAUUGAGCUCGUCGAUUCCGUGAAAGAAUCAUCCUGGGACGAUCGGGAGACAGAGGUGCGGUGGAUAACAAUAAAUUCUGCUGCCGGGGAGCCAAAUGCGGAAAUAGCUAAAAAAACAGUGGAACCUGUUAAUGAGCCGAAACAUGAAAUCGUUCCUGGUACGACGAAGUGCAUCCAAGUGUUACUUAAUGCUAUCGUAGCAUUUUCCAAAUAUUCUUGCUCCGUUAAAGAGAUCAAUUUCAAGAACACGCUAAUGUUUCAGAAUCUUAUCGAGGUAAAACCAACUGCUCGCCACGGUGAUCCAUCUGAUCUCUUCAGCAGCAGUGCCGGUUUGACGGAACGAAGUAGCGAUAGCUGGUUAGAGAGCGACGAUCUACCGUUUGGAAUUUAUCCCGAUAAGGGAAUUUCACCCCCGGGUGAAUCCGUGGAAUGCGUCUUGCGGUUUUCCCCCACGGACGUAUUCGAUUACAAAGCGUAUCUUACGUGCAAAAUGAAGAAUCUCGAUCCGGAGCUGCCAGAGUUGACUAUUCCUAUCGUAGGAAGAAGUUUGUUGCCAUACUGUCACUUCGACAUACCGGAAAACGACUAUCUGUCCGGUAAUAGACGCGACAUGAAACUGCCUGGACCCAUCGGUUACCAACCGGAUGAUAAUUCUCUUCCGGAGGGCACGAGAGUGAUUGAGCUCGACGUGAUCGGAAUCGGCGGAUCUCACAUAAAAAAAUUCCGAAUGAUAAAUCCAACAUCAGAUGACUAUCAUUUCAUAUGGGAAGAUCGUACUCGUCACGUUGAAAACGAGAUUCCAAAAUUUCAUUGUGCACUUUCGGAAGGAAUCGCUGAGCGAGGAAAACAAGUCGACUUUUCGUUUACGUUCCUCGCAGAGAAUAUCGGCAUUUUCGAAUCCUUUUGGUUGUUCCGUAUUGAAAAAUACAAUCUGGAGUGUCUCUUUCUAUUUGUCGCAACUGUCAGAGAACCAUUGGUUUGCUGUCCUCGUAUUCAUUUAAAAAUGAGACCAACCGUAAUAGGCAUCAAUGUGCGAGAAUCAAUAAGCGUAAUCAACAAGGAGGAGUUUCAGAUUCCCUUUCAGAUCGCGCGGGACUCUUUAUAUUCUGAAGGGUGUCUUCAAUAUUUGAAAAUAACACCUAUAAGUGGCAUUUUACCUGCAAAAGGCGAACAAAUACUUUGGGUCGAAUAUCGGCCUACACUUGUUGGAGAAUUCCAAUUUUCUGUCAAGUGUAUUAUAAAACAAAUGAAGGCACCUUUGACUAUAUUUGUUACGACAACAACACACGAUAUUAUCGUUUCGGUUACAUAUGUCGAUCUGAACGGCCAGGUAGUGCGACUAAAUCAGGAUAAAGAGAAUAUUAUCGACUGCGGAAAGUUAUUAUUAAAAGCACCCGUUACUGUCGUAUUUGAAAUAAUAAAUUCAAGCAAAAUGACGCUUUACUAUUCUUGGGAGCUCGGAAUGACAUCAGAAAUAAUUAGUAGAAAUAUGUACACGAUUACAAUGCCUGAAAAGCAGGAUCAUGUGCUUAGUGAGUCGCGUUCCAUCUGUUCUCUUAUUGUUACAGCAUUACAAAAGACAAUGAUAAAGAAUCAUCCCAUUCUCUUGAAGAUUUCCAGAGGGCCAACCUACCGACUAACUUUAAAAGCGACAGCAAAUAAACCAAUUCUAGAAUUCAGUUUUAAUUGUUACGACUUUGGACCUUGCUACAUUCGAAACGUCCCUGCGACUCCAUAUCGCGUCGAUUUAUGCGUCACCAAUUCAGAUGAUAUUUCGUACAUACUGGAAUGCAAGUUCGAAGAGAAACCACACAUCUCUGUAAAUCUAGACGCUCUUUCAGAGACAAUAGCCGCUCGAUCAAGUAUUGUCAUUCCGAUAGCAUUUCGACCUUUGGAACAAGUACACUACUGCGAUGAUUUACACUUUAUAAUCAAUUCGUCGAUCGAAAAAAAGAUUACUAUAACCGGCGAAGGAAUUAUAUAUAAGAUUCAUUUAGUAAAUUCAUACGACAAAUCGGUGGAUCUUGGUAAUCUACCAAUUAACAAAACGACAAGCAGAAAAGUGCCAGUGAUCAACGAUGGACGUGCUGCGCUCGAAUUAAAAUUUGAUCUUAUGAAGAAUCUACCUGGGUAUGAUCCAUUCCACGAAAGAAUUCAAAUUUGUACGUUGAUCAAUCAAGAGAACUCCAGAAUGGAUCGCACUCGAGCAUCGAUCACUGAAACGAAGCGUUCAAAUACCAUUGACGAAACUUUUCGAACUAACGAACCUAAUCUGGCUCAAGUUCUGGAGAUCGAGCCAGCAGAAUCGAUUAUACUUCAGCCAGGAAAGACUGUGAAUAUUGUCGUAAAGUAUAAACCUACUCGUAGGAUGCAACCUUUUGUCGCUAAGAUGGCUUUUCAAACAAAUUCCACAAUCCAACCGUUAUUUAUCCUGCGUGGAAGCUGUAUAGGCGCCGAAUUCCGUUUGAACAGGACUCAUGUGCUUUUUGGUAUCGUUGUUCAAGGUUGUGUCAGCGAAGCAAAGAUAAUGCUAUUGAAUACAGGAGAUAUUGGUGCCAGAUUCAAGUGGAAUACGUUGAAAUUACCUGAGGAUUUUAACAUUACUCCUGCAACUGGCUACUGCUCUCCUGGCAUGAAUGUUAACUUCAUUGUCAGUUUCCAACCCACUCAGCAUGAUACUUCGAUCGAGGGCAACGGUACAUUGAUUCUAAAAUUACCGGAUAACAAAGCUCCUUUAGUAUAUUGCCUUCGAGGGCUUAGUCUACCUCCACAAAUUCUUCAAAGGAUUACACGUCAAUUCCCGGCAAAGACAAAAUACACUGAAUUGUUACCUGUUUACAAUUGGCUCAGUAGGCAACAACGAUUCAAAUGUAAAAUUGAGAAUAUAGACGACAAAAAGGCCGUUAAGAAUGUCGAAGAGUUUUCUUUCGUCGGUAACAGCAAAAUAGACGUGCCGGCAAACGGCCAACGAGAUUAUCGCGCAGAAUUUUAUUCCUACAAAGAAUCAAAAUAUAAUUUUAAGAUAACGUUCACUAAUGAGGAGAACGAAUAUCAAUUUUACGAACUCCAAUAUGAUAUAACAAGACCACAGGAAAUUGAAUCGAUCAAACUGAUGACUGUAGUACGGUCUCCGGUGUGCCAUGCUUUAAAACUCGAUAAUCCACUUAAGAAGCAGCACGUAACAUAUACAGCAAAAUGUCAGCAUCCCUGCAUCAUAAUCCAUGACGUACCAAAGUUCGUGGCACCUUUAUGCAGCGAAAUUAUCAGUAUCGAGUACCGUCCUUUACAUCCCGCCGAGGAAACCACCGUAGCCUUGGAUGUCAAUUGCGAGGAGCUCGGAUUGUUUCCCUACGAGCUGCGAUUGCGAGCGAUACCAGCAUCGCCGGAGAAAACGACGCGCGUCGACGCGGUGCUCGGUAGUUCCGUCACCUUCUCCUUGAACGUAAUCAAUCACGCCGAGAAUACUGCAGUAUUCACUAUCAAGGUGAAUAAUGAAUGCUUCAUUACUCCGAAGGAUAUCGAGGUACCGGCGUUGAGAAGUGCAUCCUUUGACGUAACUUACGAACCCUAUGACAUCGAAAACGUCUCUGCUACUUUAAUAGCCACAUCCGAGAUUGCUGGCGAAUUUAUUAAGAAGGUAGUGACCAGAUUCCACCCCAUUCACGGUGAGAACAUCCUCCUAUGCGAGGACGGUACAGUCGCGGUACGGACUACGAGCUUUGCCAAUUCGGUGGCCUUCAGUGAGAAGCCGCUGCAACCAGGGGAGAUCUUCCUCGUGGAGAUCGAAAAAACGGAGAUAGGAUGGAGCGGACACAUGCGGCUGGGUCUCACUCUGAUUGAUCCGGAUUCAGUCAACAACAACCUGCCUCAAUAUGCGAUGCCCAAUCUGGUUAGAUUAGGCAACACAUGGAUCCUCGCUAUUACUAGGAAUCAAACUAUCUGGGACAAUUUUGACAGUCUAUCAUCCACAUACACCUCUCUCACAGGUAUACCACCAGGAAUACCAACCAGAGAGAAGAAAUUGGUCACAGAUGGAGUCAAUGUGCAAACAUCACGUGGUGUUAUUCCUUUCAAUGCUCUAAAGCCAAAUAUAGACGGUUCUUCUCAAUGCAUUCUGCCUACGGAUACAGGUAGUCGUAUCGGUAUCAUGUAUGUGCCACAGGCCGGUUGUCCUGAUAAAGCAGAAAUGCAUUUCAUCAUCAACGGUGAGGAUCAGGGUGUAUGCGGCAAGGAUAUUCCUUAUAAAGCAGGACCAUUGCGUGCGGUAGUAGAUGUCUACGGUACCACGAAACAAGUUCGAAUAGUUCAACUGUAUGGAGUAUCAACACUACAGAGUGCAUGCCGUGACGCUAUAUUGCAAUACACUAAGAGAAACGCAGUCAAUCAGCUCCCUUUGCCGAAACUACUGAAGGACUAUCUCUUAUAUCAAUCGCAGUGAGAAUCAGCUCAUUCCGCAUAUAUUUAGGAGAUGUUA